AUGGAUACCCAGCUAGAUUCAGGAGAAGUGCCUUUGGAGAGCUUCCCAUAUCCACAGAACGAUGAGUUUUAUGCUCGCGAGAUCUAUACUCAACUCGAUGGUAUGCAGGAUGAGAUCAGACUGGUCCGGGUGCUUCCUGGAAACCCCGAAGCUCCUAUUCUCUGUGAACUCGUGCAAAACCUCAGUCUUCGAUCCCUCCAACACGAACGACCAGAGCUCACGAACGAUAUCCGGUUUGAAAACUUCGGAAGAGAAGUUUUCCGCUCAAGGGGAAAGAAUCCUGACGGGACAGAAGUGUAUUUGGCCGAUUUAGGUCACGAGGAUUGCCUCCAGCAAGGUUACUCGGAAAAUAAAGCAAUAUCACCUUUGGGAGACGAGUAUUACGCUUUGUCCUAUGCCGCAGGCGAUCUCCAGAACAUCGAGCCCAUUACUCUUGCUGGAGUGGUCUUCAACAUCUACAGCAGUAUUGCAUAUGCAAUCAGGCGGCUGCGCUCGCAGUCCACUACUUUGCAGAUUUGGAUUGAUCAAAGGCUUGGCACCCCCACAUCAGGAUUUGCACCGUCCGCGAAAGCUUUCAAUUUCUCAGUUCUGAAUCACAUCACCACUCAGCACAGAAACACAAUCCGGGACACAUCACUACUGAAAGAAAACAUGGCAGACGAGAAUCCGCAGGAUCCUGCGGAAUACACCGCACUCAUGAUCGUUCCCCCAGUCGUCACUCAGCCAGUCACUCAGCCACCGGCGGUUGAACCUAAGUGGCCCGAGCGGCUCACUUUAUCUCCAUACAUCCUAAAGAAGAUCCACCUCGUCCUUAUCGUGUUGCCACCCAUCCUUACCGCCUUCUUCUUGACUUUCAGUCAUGAGAAUAUCUGUCGUGCUGAAGCUGGCACACUGAUCUCCACCGCGAUUUUAUCGGGUGCAGUGGCCCACAUUUUCAAUUGGGGAUUUGCAUCGCUGGUCGAGGAACAUGUUCAAGAUCCGUUGAAAAUGGAAGUCACGAAAAGAAUCGUCAAUAGAUGGAGGCUAUUUUCUUUCACCUUUGUACGAGAUCACGUGUACUCCACCCUUGGUCUUCUCGGCAAGGAUUAUGGAAUUCAACCCGACUAUAGCAGAACCACUUCCGUGAAGAAUGUCUUUGUAGUAGCAGCGAGAGCAAUCAUCGAGCACGAAAGAUGUCUAGACUUAUUCGCCACUCGUCCGGAUCAGCAGAAGCACAAGAGCCGCUUUCGCCUGCCAUGGUGGGUACCUGAAUUUUCCACGGAACGGGAUUAUAGCACUUUUCUUCUCUGUCAUGCCAGUGCAGAGCAAAAAUACACACCAGAUCCUCGCUUGGACUUUGCCGCUGAUACUGCUGGGACUCCAUCGGCCAUUUUGAUGUGCUCUGGCAGGAUCUUGAGCUCUCUCGUGGACUCUCCGGAAGCCCUUGGCGAGGUUGGGGCAGCUUCAGGUGAAGCAUCACUUCGUACUCUCCUAGCGAAUUGGAGGUACUGCAUGUCUCACGCCAGCAUCAAUAACGUCUAUCGACCAACUCAGGAAGUCGCUGACAUGGCUCUCAAAUCAGCGAUGACCAUGGGUAUCUUGGGAGUCGGAGCGACUGGAGACCAACACCCGACUUACAUUGCUGCAAUACAACAAGCAACGCAAUGGAAAACAUGGAGAUUCUUUGUCUCUCCCAGUGGAUACAUAGGCUUUGCGCCAGCUUAUGUGAGGUCUGAUGAUUUAUUAGUCCUGCUUGUGAACUGUCCCGUAGUCUUGGCCGUCAGAAAGAUGAGUACGGGGCCAAAUCACAGCUACCGGUUGCUUGGAGCGGUAUACCUGCAUGGUUUCGACAUUGACAGGGACUUUCAAGACAAACUCAGGGAUCCGGCUGAGAUGUCUGCUUUACAAACAAUUAGACUUAUCUAG